AUGUUGGGGAAAUGGGUUGGGAUGCUAAUUUUGAUUGCUAUGGUUGCUGGUGGUCGGGUGGUUACAAUGGCACAAGGAGUAACUGAUAAAAUGCCAGUUAUUUUUGGGAGAAAUCCAUCAUCUGCUUGUUGUCAGAACGUAAGGGAUGCUCAUAUUGAAUGUGUUUGUCCUUAUCUUGGCCCUAAAGCAGCAGCAACCAUUAAAGGCAUUGGAGCAUCAAGUGUUGUGAAACUGAUUGAAGGAUGUGGUAUGCCUAUUCCUCGCAACUACAGAUGUGGAAGUAUUACCACUCCACCAUGA